GAACGGUAGGUUGUUAAAUUGUAUGGUAUCACUCGGCGCAACCUCUUCGGACUAUCAGUCACCAAAAUUGGUGUCAAUUUGAAACAAUAUCGAACUGUUUGAAGCUUCCGAGAGGAAGAUGGUGGCAUUUGGCGGGUCGGUGGUUAUGAUGUCUUUAUUUUCGUUUUAAGCGUCGUUGUCGUAUGGUUUCUGGCCUUUGUACAAAGAAAUUUUAAAAAUAUAUGCAGUAGUCCGCAAACUACACUAGUUAAUUAAUUGCGCCGAUAGCAAUGGAACUGAUAAGAGGUGUCUGCAGUUUAUGUUCAGAAAACACCAGGGUAUUAACUUCUUCAGAUGCUGAAGAAUAUUCCAAAUUUCUACCAAAUAUCUUAUAUGAAAAUUUUUUACCGGAGGCUGAGUUCCAGAAAAUCAAAGGUUUAAUUAAAAUAUGUGUUGUAUGCUGUUACAAAAUACAAAUUGCCAUUGAAGUAAAAGACGUAUUGAGUACUGAAGAUGAUCUGCCUGCAAGUGACGAGAAAGUUUGUUGUUUUUGUAAAACAGACAAAUCUUUGAUGCAGAUGGACAAAAAUUGGAAGAAUUUCCUAGAAAGAACGGAAGGAUAUCUGACUUCAAACAACUACUCGUUGUGUACUUGUCCCAAAUGUUUCUUUUACUUUGACGCGAUAUACAAUUUUAAGACAAAGUUGACGUAUAAAUUUCCACAGCUAGCUACUCAGAAAAAGAAAUCACAGGAAAUAGUUCAAAAGCAAGGUGAUACUCCUAAAAGAAAAUCAUUACCUAAGUCACCCCCAAGUUCAAAGAAACGUAAAAUUUUUGAUAACUGUUUUUCAUACUUGCAACCGUUGUGUAAUUAUAAUUAUCAGGUUGAUGAUGAGCUCAAACUCGACAAGAGAUUAUACAAAAAGAUUGCGUACGUUAAUCUUAAAAAUGCUAAAGACGUUAGCAUUAAAGAGACGCCGAAGAUGCGCCCGAUUAUAAAGAUUAAAUUAAAGCCAAGGAAUAAGAAAGGAGAAAAAGAUGGCAGCAGUAGGAUAGAAUAUCAUAUUAGCAAGCCAGAAGAAGUGUCCAGCAAGAGUGACCAACCCAAAUCUAAAAGAAGACUUUCUCAAGUUGAGACAACUGAGCCUGCAGAGGAAGUAGAAGAGAAACUAGAAGAAACUCCCAAAUCCGCCAUUGUUUCAAAUCUUGUGCCUAAACGUCGUGUUUCACAACUCAUAGACAAUGGGGAAAAAGAAGAGAAACAAGAAGAUAAUGAAAAAGAAAGUAAAGAAGAGACUAAACCUGAAGAAAACACUGAUGAGACUGCUACAGAUGAACAUGAACAAUCAGAGUCGCCUGAAGAACCCAAAGAAGAAAAGAGUGAAGAGUUAGACAAAAAUGGAAUAGAUAAAUCAGACUCUGAAAAUGUUGAGACUAAUGUAAGCCUGGAAACUCCACCCAGCGAAGACGUGGUCAAUGGCGAAAAAUCAGUUAUCCCUGCUGUGGAAGCCACAGAAGAACAAGAAAUCAAAAAAAGCACAAACGAAGAUUCUAAUUCAUCAGACUCAUCAAACACUACAGUGGAAAAAACAAAAACUGAAACCAGCAGUGAAGGAAGUGACUCAGACAGUAAUGAUCUUAAAGACAAAAAUAAAGGUAAUUCAGAUACAGAUGUCCUCAAUGGAUCAGAAAGGAAAAAGAAAAGAGUUACUUUCAGUGAUGAAAUUAACAACUGAUGAAUUAAUCAUAAGAAUUUUUACAAUUGGUCAAAUCAAUUACUAAAUGUUUUUUACACAAGACACUCAUCGUUCAUAUUGUAAAGCAUAUUUUGUUUCUGUUAGACUUUGCUUUGUCGUUUAAACUGAUAGUAUUUAGUUAGUGUUCAUACUUUAAAUAAAUUAUCAUUAAUAUAA